UGGUGGUACUGUGUUAACAAUUUUAAAUUUAUUUAUUGGGAAAUGAACUGAAAUACAUAUUGUCUUGUGGCUCUUUUCGUUUUUUAACAGCUAUAAUCAACAUAUUAGAUAGCCAUGGUGAUGCAAACUUCUAAAGAUGUAGCUCAAACUGAUGCAAGCUAUGACCAAGAGGAUGUAUCCAUGGAAGCAAAUUUACUCCAUGAGCAACUUGCUGCCUAUGCUUUGAAUGUUGCCGGAGAUGAACAAUCAAACAGAAAAGGUGUAUGGGGCGAGCACUCGUACGCGCGCGCCCGCGGUGUGGGGCCGCGCGAGCGUAUGCGCUCGCUGCUGGCGGCCGCGCCGCGCUCCCCGCCGCCCGCCGAUGUGGACGUGGUGAGCGUGUCGCCCGAGCGGUCGCUGCCCGGUGACUCCCCCGCCACACCCGACCUCGACGACGACGACGAGGAGGAGGACUGGGAGCGCCGCCUGCGCGCGCUUGCCCCCUCCGCUGCCUACCUGCGCCUGGCCGACGAUGCGCUCGACACGCUGCGCCAGCUGCGUCUCGAGCGCCUGGCUCUACCCGCCGACGCGGGCGCCUGGGCGCGGCGCGAGAGCGCGCGGGCGGCCGCGCGCAGGCUACGGCGCGCGCUGGCCCCGCACUGGGCUGGGCCGGGCGGCGGCGGAGCGGGCUGGCUGCACGCCGCGCUCACGGCGCAGCUGCCCCGCGGCCCGCGCGCGCUAUACCGCGAGAUGCUGCAGGAGCUGCGCCGUGCCGUGCCGCGCCUCGCCGCCCGCCUGCCGCUGGCGCGCCCACUCGACCGCGUGCACGACCCACUCGCCGCUCUGCCCGAGCCCGUGGGUCCGGACGCGGAUGGUCCGUGGCUGGCGUGGGCGCCGAGCGGGGACGAGGCGGCGGACCGGCGCUGGACGGCGCGGCUGGGCGCGCUGCUACACGUGCGGCGCCUGGACGCCGACGCCGCGCCCGCCUCGCCCGAGCGCUGGGCUGCGGCGGUGGGCGCAGCGGCGCGCACGUCCCUGGAGCGGCUGCGGGCGGAGGCAGGCGGGCGGGCGGUGGCCGUGGGCGGGUGCGGGGCGGGCGCGGCGUUGGCGAUGUGGCUGGGCGGCGAACGGCUGCUGCUGCUGUCGCCGCCGCUGCUGACGGCGGAGGGCGCGCGCGAGCCGGAGUCGGGCGGCUGCGCGGCGUUGCUGGUGGUGGGCGGGCGCGCGGCGGGGUGCUGGCGCGGAGCGGCGGCGGAGGUGGGGCGGCGCGCGCGGGUGCUGCUGCUGCACGGUGCGGAUGACGCGCUGCGCCUGCCGCGCCGCCUGCGCCGAUACCACCGCUUACCGCAGCACGCGCUAGACGCAGCUAUUGCACACGCGUGUGCUCGCUGGCUGGUGGAGGAGCGAGCGGAGCCCCGGCCCGAAACGCCUCCCCCACCGCCGCCCAUGGAGAAAGGUAUAUCGGAAGACGAGGCGUCGCCAGUCAGCUCACCGAGUCGCGCCCUGGAGGUUGUAGAGGGUCGAGUGAUGCGCGUCUCGGGCGGCACGGCGUUAACGCUGCGACCGCGACUCGCGCCCGCCGACAUCAUGCAGCUUCCCAUCGUGUUCGCCGACGACGCGCCCCGCCGUCCGCGCCGUCUCCCGCCCCGCCCGCGCCUCGUGCUCGCCAAGCGCGGGAGACGACCGCAGUGACGUCACGAUCUAGCGCCCCACGGCAUCACCAAGUGCGGGAAAUUACCGCAGUGACGUCACUACUGCUCGGUGUGCUCGCCAAGCGCAGGCCUUGACUGCAGUGACGUCACAGCCAUAGUAAAAGGAGGGGAAGUAAGUUAUCUUCAUACAAAGGCACCG